CACGAAGCAACGCUUGAAAAGCGGCCGCUGCCUGCUCGUGCUUCCAUCGUUCAGUGAGCACGAGACGUGGAGAGAGUGGAACAUUGGAAAUCUAUCAGGCUGGAGAGCUAGUUCGUCUCACUUCCCAGACUUCUUCAGACAUCUCUACAGUUGGAUUCUACUAGCAAGUCAGACUUCAGAUCCAGAAUGAAGGCGAUCAGUCCCGUUCGCUCUGUCAGAAGCUGUUAUGAAGCGGUGUGCUGCAUCUCAGAGCAGAGUCUCGCGAUCAGCCGCUGCAAGAGUCCCAUUGAGGAGCUGUCCGAUAUGAAUGACUGUUACUCAAAACUCAAAGAGCUGGUGCCCAGCAUCCCUCAGAACAAGUCCGUGAGCCAAGUGGAGAUACUUCAGCAUGUAAUAGAUUACAUCUUCGAUUUACAGAUUGCAUUGGAAAACGAGACGGACGCACAAAACACGCCUGACAUGUUCAUCUCAAUGAAGAACUCAGAGAUGAGCCGUAAUUUCUCCAAAGAGGAUGAAGCUAUGUGCCAUUAGGACAGAGGAAUGACAACGUUCAAUGGUGCGGGAUAGAAACUUUUCUCCUCCACUUAUGGAAGAAAAGAAAGUGAAGGGGUGAGCCGGGUGAAGGAGUGAGGCUCUAUUCAGAGUGUGGGAAAGCAAUCUGCACCCCUCUCGAGCUGUCUAUUCUUUGGUCACUGGACACUUGAACAAACCAAAGCUGAGGAGUUUUUAAGAUCACAAAAAAGAAAAGCCCUCCGAUUUUUUCCUUAAUCAUUCCUGUUUUUUUUUUGUGGCAACAAUCAAGCAUUGUAUAUUUUGUACUGGCUACAUUCCUGACUAUUUGGACUAACUAAUAUCUCUUCACACACCCUUCCUUCUCAGCCAUUCUUGGAGAAUA